AUGGCUGAGGAGAACGCCGCGACUUUCAAGCUCGUCCUCUGCGGUGACGGCGGUACCACCACUUUCGUCAAGCGCCACCUGACUGGCGAGUUCGAGAAGAAGUACAUCGCCACUCUCGGUGUCGAGGUCCACCCUUUGAAGUUCCACACCAACUUUGGCACCAUCUGCUUCAACGUCUGGGACACCGCUGGCCAGGAGAAGUUCGGCGGCCUCCGUGAUGGCUACUACAUCCAGGGCCAGUGCGGCAUUAUCAUGUUCGACGUGACUUCGCGUAUCACCUACAAGAACGUCCCCAACUGGCACCGUGACCUCGAGCGUGUUUGCGAGAACAUCCCCAUCGUUCUCUGCGGCAACAAGGUUGACGUCAAGGAGCGCAAGGUUAAGACCGGCAACGUCACCUUCCACCGCAAGAAGAACCUCCAGUACUUCGAGAUCUCGGCCAAGUCCAACUACAACUUCGAGAAGCCCUUCCUCUGGCUCGCCCGCAAGCUCGUCGGCAACCAGUCGCUCGACUUCGUCGCCGCCCCUGCCCUUGCGCCUCCCGAGGUCGUCGUCGACAAGGAGCUCAUGGCGCAGUACGAGAACGAGCUGCAGGUCGCCGCCGCCAACCCCCUCCCUGACGAGGACGACGCCGACCUUUAAUAGAGUGUCUAUGAUCUCCAGUGCGGUGAACGCCAUUUUAUAGCAGUAGUGUUUGCCGAGUCCAUGAAUCUCUGCAUGUCAUAUGUGCUAAUGUGUCGAUGAAUGGUGCGUGG